AUGGUGACAGUGGCCAGACAAGUAAGUUCUACCUCCACUGUUGGGAGACAGUAUGCCCCUGAGAAUAAAAGUUGUUGGGAAUCACAACUGGGGAGAAUUCUACUGUGCUCUGGUCCUGCUGGCCCACAGCUUGGCCACUGUGAGGACUGGAGGAGCCCUAGUCUUGAUCCAACAGGGCUCUUCAGAUGUGAAGCAUUGUGCCCCUUUUGCCAUAGCUUGCAGGCAGGGUCAGAUCUACUAUGAAACCAAUAAAGCUUAAGCUUCAGGACCUCUAAUCCCAUAGGGGCCCCAUAAGCAACUCUAGUCCACAUUGUUUAAAAACAUUGGGUUUAGUGGACCCAAUUUGAGUCGCAUGGCUCAAAUUGAUUUGUUGUUGCUGUACGUAUUUCAACCACCACAAAGUUUGAGGGUCAGCAGCACAGAGGUUGUAAAGGUGUCAUGGAACAGCCCCAUUGAAGAAGAUAGCAGUGGUUACUCAGAGACCUCCGUGCUGGCCAGGGGUGCCAACUUGAAUAAAAUAUUUGGGGGGGAGGGGCAGGUAAGCCCCACCCCACAUAAUCGAUCACAUGACACGGAGCACACACACUAUUUGAAUGGCAAUGAAUGCCCAGAGACCUCCUUGCUGGUCAGGGGUGCCAACUUGAAUAAAAUAUGGGGGGCAAAGCCCCCUGGACCCCUAUGUUGCUGGUCGCCAAGGGGUAUCCCAAAUGUAGGUCCCGCCGUUGCAAAUUUCUGCUCUGCUGAGCUGGGGGCCACCAAUCUUGUUUUCUUUUAAUAAAAGGAGGAUUUUAAGACUAUUUAGCUAAAUAUUUAAAGACCAUUUAGCUAAAUAUGCUAAGAUAACCUAAAUAGAACUUCUUGCAAGUACCAGAUUGGCCUAGGGUUUAAAUAUGUGAUGUUAUAGAAUAAUAUGUCUAAAGUUAAAAUGAAAAGAAAGAAAGAUGUUAAUUGACUAAGUAAAUUUUAUGUGAAAAUAGUUUUGGAAAACUGUUACAACCAUAUACAUUGAAACUCAGCUGGGGGAGUCGAGGAAGUCACCCAACAAUGUAAACAAAAGUGGAAUUAAUACACUUAAGAUUUAUGUUUGUUUGUCUGUUUAUGGAAAAUCAAUAAAAAAAUUUGGAAAAUAAAAUAAAAGGAGGAAACGUGGAAACAACUGCUGAAUUUGAGGGGGGGGGGAAGGGGCGCAGAAAAAUGAGAAGCCGAGGGAGAAAAUAAGAAGCAAUCUCCCCUCUGGCCGGCUGAGCAAAGCAACGUCGCCCAACUCGACUUUAGCCAGCACGGCGCAUGCGCACGCCCCGGCCCCGACUCCGGUGACGUCAGCCCUCCCCUCCAGGCCCAGAUCCCUCCCUCUCCCCCCGCCCUCCUCGCGGCCACUCCAGAUUACAGUGUUGCCAAUCGGCGCUGUUUGCUGCGCCCGCCCGCGCCGCGCUCGCCACUCCGCCCGCCCCCCGCGCUCCUUCCCACUUCCCAGCAUUGCGAGCCCGCUGAGUCCACUCCCUCCCGAGCCUUACGUCGGUUCGGCAGCCCCCCCCCCCCACGCGCCGUCCCUCCUCCUCCUCCUCCUCCCUCGCACAGGACGGAGCCGCCGUCGGGGCCUCGGCAGCUGGGCAGCAGGACGCGCCUCCUCCUCCUCCUCCUCCCGCCUCGCUCGGGACCCGCAGCCGGCGAAGCCGCGACGGCCAGGAGGUGAGUCCCGCCCGGCGGCGACCCUUCGGGGGCUCGAACUCAGCCUCCCCCCUCCCACGUCGGAGGUGCUGCCCAUGGCUGGUCCCACUCCAGUAAGUGCCAUCUGGGGGGCUCGCACCCCUAAAACCCCCGAAUUUCCUUCCCUCUCUCCGUCAGUGACCCCCACACGCCCCCUAUUUCUCGCAGACCCUCCCCGUCCAUCAUGCCCUCUUCUGUCCCCUGGGACAAGCAUAAGACCCCCUCCAAAGUCCUCCCCACCACCCCUACUACCUUACACGCCCUCGAUUCCCACUCAUGCCCUCUCCCCCUGACCCUUUUCUUCCCCAGGACCCCCAACCUGGGCUCCCAGGCUGUCAUUGCUUCUCCCACCCCUUUCCGGGAACUCCCACCCUGCGCUUCUGGACACGGUUCUUCUCCCACAUCAACACAUUCCAGGAUCCGUGUCCCUUUGUCUUCCCAGAACCACGGCUUCUCUCCCCCCCCCCCCCCGUCGCAGGAUUCUCACUCCCCACCCACCCCGGACGGGGUGGCCACCCUAUCACUCCAUGCUUCGAGCCUGCUGUCGUUGAUCUUUGGCUCUCCUGACUCUCUUAUUUACGCAAUCCAUACCUACACGUUCUUGUCAUCCACACACCCACACCCCUCUGGCCCCUGGACUUUUUAGUAACUUGUCUAAUUCAUCCUUCAGUUUCCCACUCCUCCAUCUCAGCCGGGAAGCUGCCUCUCAACUCCAUUCCUUAAAUAGCUUUGCUUUUGACAGCCUGGCCCUUGCCUUAAGGAGAAUGGCGAGAAUUCGAGAGAGAGACUUGCUACCUUUGCUAAACUUUUCUAGGUUUCUGACUUCUAUGCCCCUUCAGAAAGUUUUUAAAAAAUCUUCUCCAUUGGUUUGUUUACUUUUCUUUCCAAUCACUGCAAAGGCUAUAUUUAUGGUGACUCUGGUUUCUUCCAGUGCAAUCAAUUCUAACUACGUCUACUUAGAAGUAAGUCCUAUUGAAUUCAAUGGGGCUUACUCCCAGGUAAGUGAGGUUAGGGUUGAUCAUUGUUUCUCAGUCCCACCAGGAUGUUCACUCCUACCCUAAAGUCUUGCUGGAUAGCUCAUUUUCUUUUGAUUACCUGUACCUGGCUACGGGCUACCCAGCCAUAAUAGCACUGACUAACCUUACAGCAGGGAUGGGGGACCUAGGAUGUUUUUAGAUUGCAAUUCCCAUCAACCCCAGCUGGCAUGGCCACUUAUCAGGAAUUGUGGGAAUUGUAGUUGAACAACAUUUAGAGGGCCACAGAUUCGCCAUACCUGCUUUACGGGAUUUUAAAGGAUUUCAUCUAGAUAAUGCUUAUGAAGUGCUUUGAACACUUCCAUGAGACACUUGAAAGCACUAUACAAAUGUUGUUAUUGAUAAUAUUUCCUCCCCUUGUUGGGUUCUGUCACUGAUCCUAGAUCUCAUUGCCUUCAUAUUUUCCCAUUGAAUUCUUUACUUCUCGCACUGUGUUAUUUUGCUAGGAAGGAAAGGAAAGCCUUGAGAAAUUUUUUUACCUGAUCUCUGAGAUUGCCAUCCCUAGCUGUGUAACUCUCCGUGUGUGUGUGUGUGUGGCAGGAGGGACUGCGACAGAAUGUUGUAGCACCUUGAAGACUACAAAUUUAAUGUGGCCUACGCUUUUGUGGCCUGGAAUCUACUUAGAUACCUGGAGUAUUUUUCCCAUUUGACAAGGGUGUGUGCAUUUAUCAGUGUUUAUAUAGCCACAUGGACAAACAAACACAGGGGGGAAAAUAUAAACUGAGGUCAAAUGACCAUGAAAUACUAAAAAGUACGGUCUGUGGUGAUUUUUUUUAUAUAUAUAUAUAUAUAUAUAUACACAGUGGACAUUGUAUAUUUCCUGGUUUUAUUGUACUGAUUUUUAUGAAGAUUAUUGUAAACUGCUUUUGAAUUCCUAAUGAAGGGUAAUCUACUUUUUUUUAAAAAAAUAUGUUUAUAUGUUUGUGUAUACACGCACACAUGUAUGCAUACACAUAUAAAAAUAUAAAAUAAUCAAGCAUCAGCUUUAUUUGAUGAAGUGGACUCUAUUCUAUGAAAGUGAUUCCACAUUAAAUCUGUAAGUGUUUCAGGUGUCAAAAGAUUUUAUUCGCUGUUUAUUCCAAUAGGCAUCUCUUAAGGUCAGAAUGCUGUUUAUCCUGGAAGUUGCAAUAGUAGGAAGGUGUUUUGAAAGUAGGAAAACAUGAUGCAGAAAAAUAUUUUUGCAAUGUAAAGAUUCACUGUGUAUUGGCACGGCUGUGUUGACUCUUGUUAAAAACAACUGCUCUAUUCAGAAGUUGCCUACAUUACGUACAGUUAAAAUAUAUUGUGUAAAUUACCUUGUAAGACAUCAGUUUGGUACCAAGUUUCUGGUUUUCAUAGAAUGUGGAUGCCUUCCCCCUUCCGCCCCAACACUACACACCCUCUCCCAAAUAUUUCUGAGGAGUAGAAAUGUGGAUUUUAAACAUGGAAGCUAAGAUUUCCUCAGUGUGUCAGAAGUUGGUAUUUGUUUAUUGAGGUGCAGCCUGGAGGUGAUACUCAUAUGCAGUGGGCUGCAGUUGAGAGCAGUUGGUAUGUGUGUCACAACAGCAUUGAGUUGCAUUGUGCAUUGCACUUUUGCUUGGCCCUGAUGUUGCGUUCAUGCCAGCUUGCGGCGAACAUUUAUAAUCCUGCGCCUCUGUAACAAGCGGCUGCCAGCGCAGUCUGUUUUUGCAACGUGCUGCUAACUUCAAACCGGACACAGCAUGGCAGCCGCAUUUGGUAUAUUAAAAUAAACCACUGGCAUUUUCUCCGGAGCCUUUUCUCCCUUUUUGAAAACAACACCACGUUAAGUACUUAGCUUGACAUUGAUGCAUAAACAUAACAGGUUUGUUUUCUUUCAAGUGGCUGUAGCAGCUGCCUAAAAAAGUUCAUGACACACUUGGUCUUUGUUGCUUAGAAAUUCAAAGAAAAUGAUUUUUUUGAUGGUGUGGUCCGAGCUAGCCAAGAACUUUUUAAUUUUUGUUCAUUUAAAGCUUCUUUCCCCAAUUCCUUAUCUUUAGCCAAAAAAUAAAGACUCCCAGAAUGGCUUGCAAAUCACUACCACCCCAAAUUUAAAAAAUCACAGCCCCUUUUGUAAUGACACAAAAAGAAAAAAUGAUUGGGAGGGAGGAGGAAAUAAGCGAAUAAGCAAACUCAGGUUCAAGUUAUUGGCUACAAGUUAUCCUGAUGACCAGCUGGAAUGGAAAAGUUCAAGUAGAGGAGACACUAAAAGUUCCUGGACUCUGAGCAGCGCCAGUCAAAACUUAGCAUAGCCACUCUUCCUUCUCUGUGUGCUAUGGUUUUAGUACAAAAUAACAUUUUUUUGAAGUGUAAUUUUGUACAGAGUGAGUUCAGUUGCCUGUGGAAAAUUUACGGACCAGUGGCAGUGUGCUUAAGCCUUCCCUCUUGAAGCACGCUUCCACUCAAAAUCUGCCCCAGCUUCUUUUUUCCCUUGUGGAAGUGUAUGGGAACUGGUAUAUGGUUCGCUGCAGGGCUAAAAGCAGGUGGAAGCAAUUUUUAGGGAGAGAGGGAACAAUGGACAGGGACAGACUUAAACUCCCACAGGCCCUUCCGCUGCUCCCAAUUGUUGCUUUUUCUUUUCUUUUUUUAAGGCAGAGCAAAUUUACUCACAAUUGCAUAUAAUGAGUAGACUGGUUGCAUCCGUCUGGAUUCCUCAUCUGUAUAUUAGGAAUAAUAGUUACUUGCCUUUUUUUGAAUUACUGUGAUGACAGGUAAGAUAAUUUUUUUUUUACAAAACACAUUAUGGGUUUUGUAUAAAUAACAGGGAACAGCAGUGAUAAAAACCAACAGAAGCAACUGCUGUGAAAUGAUUUGAAGAUGAUCACUUGAAGAAUUUGCAGCAAUUAUUGGAAGCAGCACACAUAUCUUCCCAUCCUAACCUAAGACCUAGGUUUUUCUGCUUCUCCUGAUACCGGGAACCAAAACUAAUAUGUCACUGAUAGGAGUAGUGUUGUAAUCAGGCUUUCUGCAAGACUUGCGUUGGCAGGCAAGACCUCUCUGGACUCAGGGACCUCUUAUUUGCAUUUAGCUAGCUGCAGAGGAUCUUGGGAACUGGAAAUGUUUGAGUGGGAUGCCAAUCUCAGAUGGAAAGAGCGUGUGCUGGGGUCUUGCGUCACUUUCACUUGGAUGGUUAACAUUUCUGGGAAAUGACUGGUCUGGAAUUAUUAUGUUUUAAAAACUCUCCUGCUGGAUUUUUUUUUUUUUUUAAAGAAAGGAAGAAGUUCUGAAAUCUAAUGCUUUAUGUACUCCCAUAACAUUUCUCCUUCCCCCAUCAAAUCUUUACUUUUUAACCUUUUCUCAAUCCCACCCCUCAAGAGUUCUAAUCGCAGGUGUUGGGAACAAACACAGUGUAACCAUUUAUUAUUUUGGGCAAUAUUUUCCCCCAUCUGCAAUUUUAAUUUAGAUUUUAGUUUACUCCAUGUUCUUUCCAUGUAAGCGCUUGUAUUCUGUUAGUCCCAAACUUGGGAUCAUUGUGUCCUAAGAAACUUUGCUGGCUAAUUCUCCAUGGAUAGAGAAGAGCCAAAAGUUUUCUCAUGAACUGGAACUACUUAUGGCGAAUGAAUUUGACCCCCCCCCCCACCGUAAGAGCAUGAAGGAUUACAAAACAGCAACAAAAUCAAGUGGAGCAGAGAACCUGUGAGGAGAAGAAGGAAAUGAACUGAAAGGAGAAUUGUUUUUAUAGCAGCAGAGAGGCCUUGCUUAAUUGUUGCUAUGUUAAUUAAGUUGGCUGUGUGUUGAAGUGUUGCAAUUCUAGUCCAGAUCCGAUGACGAUAAUUUUUAAAAAUUCAUAUUCCCUGUUCCCUGACCAUCAAUUUUACAGUGCAGUCGUAUGCAUGCUUACUCAGGAAUAAACCCCACUAUAGCCAAUGCAGCUUGUGCACAGCAAGACUGCAGCAUGAAUGUGCAAAGUGCGUUAGGAAAAUGUCUUUCGUAGCUGAAUGUAUGAACAUUCCCAUUGAUACGUUUACAAAUCUGUAUACAUCUGCAGGAUAUUGCUUCAGUUUGUUUGUCAUGGACUCCAGUCAAAGUAAACAAAAAUGUAUGUAAAGCUGCCUUAUGGGGGUAGACUCAGGGUUUUUUUCAGGGGAGACUCACAGGAACUCAAUUCCAGCACCUUUCAGGUGGUUGCAAUUGCCAUUCUAAGAGAACGAGGGAGGUGUUGAUGGUGAGAUCCGGCACCUCUUUUUCUAGAAAAAAAGCACUGGGUCAGACCAUAUCUAGCCCAGCUUCGUCAACUUAGACUGACAGUGGCUUCCCUAACCGGGAAUGCAUGGAAUUGAACAUGGGACUCUGUGAUUGCAAAUGCAUAGCAGUGGCUCUCCAAGGUCGUCUAGUUGCAAAGGCUGGAUUUGUUUAUACUUUUAUGUCUCACAUUUUCUUCAAGAAGCUCAAAGUGAAUUAUUUGGUCACCCCCCCCCCCCAACAUUUAUCCUGCACAACAACCCUGAAAGGUAGGUUAGACUGUGAAAGAGUGAAUGGCUCAAGAUCACUCACUGAGCUUCAUGGCUGAGUGAGGAUUUGAACCCUAGGGUGGUAUUCAACUAAGGGCAGGUCCACACCAUACAUUUAAAGCAUGUCCAGGACACAUUUAAAACACAGAAAUCCUGGGAAUUCUAGUUUUCCCCACAGAGCUACAAUUCCUAGUACUCUUAACAGGCUACAGUCUCCAGGAUUCUUUGGGGAAAGUCAUUCACUUUAAAUGUAUACUGCAUGUACUUUAAAUGUAUGGUGUGGCCCUGCCUUUUAUUUUACUCAAGAGUAGACCCAAUGAAAUUAAUGAAGAUGACUAACAUAGAUCCACUAAUGUUGAAACUCGGCUGAAUACCAUUCCUGGCCUCCCAAGUCUUAGUUACUCUAGUCACUCUCCUAUGACAGCUCUAUAUGCUGUCUCCAGAAUAAGAGGUAUUAUAAAGAACAGGAAGAGGAGCAGCAGCAGCAACAACAAGUUAGACAUAUUGCAAGCUCAUGUCCUGCUUGUGGGUUUCCCAGAGGCAUCUGGUGAACCACUCUGGGAAAUGGGAUGUUGGACUAGACAGGUUGGACUAGGCAGGUUUCAGUCUAACCCAGCAAGACUCAUAUGUUCCUAAGGAACAGAACAAAAUAAUAACUCUCCCAGAGGGCCCUGAAAUAGACACAGAAUUUGUCUUGUGUUGUUCUUGCUAAUAACGUAUAAACAUUAUGUAUCAUUUACGUAAGAGCCCUGUGAAGAAGAUAUUCAAUAUCUUUGUUAUGCUCAUUUUGGAACAUAGGUGCCUUGGCACCUGAACCAUUUCUGCUAUUUGGGUUUCUUCAUCCGUACUGCAUCUCAUCUGUCAGCGAGAGAUGAAUUGUUAGAAACGAUUGACGCCACAAGACAAACAAGUAUUUGUGUUAGGCAUCUUAUGAAAUUUAAAUAUAUUUUCCUGUUGGUUUUAAUGUCUUUAUAACAGCAUGGUGGGACUCCUUUAUCGCAAAUGAGGAGCUGAAGUGCACUGCAUCCUGACAAACCUUGGAGUUGGGAUUAGGAUGCAGGUCUGAAUACAGUUUUGCUGUUGGGUAUUGCUGGCUGCCAGCAUUCACCUUUCAGAAGACUGUAAGCUGGGUAUAGGAGGUGUUGCCAGCCCUGGGGUUUCAGCCUCUGAGGAGCUAUAUGAGCUUUGGUUCUCACUGUGCAUUUAAUGAAUACUUAGAAAUUCCUUUCGUGUUACUAUGAGGUCAAAGGAAAGGAAGGGUGAUUUCCUUGCUUGCCUCAAUCAGCCUUUGAAAAUCUCUGUGAAGUCGGCUAGAAUUAGUCCCUAUUUGCAGAUGAGCGACUAGAGCUAGAAGGGUAGAUUCUCUCAAGGGAUUUGAACCCUGAUUCAAAGUGAACAUUGUGCCCACACCUCACAUGGAAGUUCUCUGGGUUAAUUUUGUGCCCUGUAAACAAGCCAGUGUUGGCUUCUGAAAGUAAGUAGUUAUUGAUAUUUCCACAAUGGUUGCCAACUGGUACAUUUUUCCACAGUGACAAUUGGUUGUGUUUAGUGUCUGUUUAGAAGUGGCUGCUUUUAACAGGUUGCCCGUUAUACAACAGGUUAGAGGCAAAAGCUAUAUCCUUUAUUAGUAGCUCUUUUUAACUGUCCUUUAUUGCUAACUUUAAUAUUGUUGGGUUUUUUUGUAAACCUCUUUAAGGUCUGUUAAAUAAACAGAUCCAUUUUACUUAGACUGGGAAUAAUUAUAACCCUCAUUUAUUGGGUAAGGGUAGUUAGAACAGGAGCAGAAAAGUGAACCCAACACUUCACAAAGUUUAUUUAAAAAUUUAGGAUUGUGAUUGAUUGGAAUGAGAAUUUUCUUUAUUGGAUCAAUGCUUCUAUUGGGCUAAGAAUAUACAAAACCUUUUACCUGCUGAAGGACUGUGUUUAGUUAAAAAGUUGGUGAGAAACUCAACAAGAAAAAUGGUUCUUGUAGAAUAUCAAGAUGUUCAUUCUUGCUUCAUCAGUGUCAAGCACCUAGUAGGCUACAUACACAACUGUUGGGCUGCAGUUGGUUUUGUGGAUCCCAUAGGUAUUAUUGAGAAGUAUAGAAUCUCAGAACUGUCAGCAUGAGAUAUGCCCCUUGUAUUGAACACCAGAUAGCCACUGUAGAAGAGUGAACCUUUAAGUGAGAGAGGUGCCUUUACUUUUCUCCAGCACAGCUGAAAGCAAGUGUGUUCAGGUAGACAAUGAAACAUUAAAGGCACCAGCUGUGACAGCAUAAGGCCUUUCAGAAAAUCAGUGGCGUGGGUCACCUACAGGCAGCACCACACAGAACAAUAUGUUUUUUUGUGAAGCGGCCUUCCCAUGCUGUUGGCCACAUUUUCACUGUGACAUUGCGAGCCUUCCAUACAUCCUGCUUUUAGAUACAGUGGUGCCUCGCAAGACGAAAUUAAUUCGUUCUGCGAGUUUUUUCGUCUUGCGAGCUUUUUCGUCUUGCGAAGCACGGUUUCAAUUUUUUCAAAAAAAUCUUCAAAAACCUCAAAAAAGGCUACCACACAGCGUGCUAUGAGUUGCUCCCCGAAGUCAAGUCGCAACUGCACCUCUUCAAGCAAUGCACCCUGUAUUACUGUAACGGUUUUAAGAAAAAGGAAACAAACUUGCAAGACGUUUCCGUCUUGCGAAGCAAGCCCAUAGGGAAAUUCGUCUCGCGAAGCAACUCAAAAAACGAAAAACUCUUUCGUCUUGAGAGGCAUUCGUCUUGCGAGGUACCACUGUACUUGUUCAUUUCAUUGUUGGCAAAAGCAUCUUUCCAAAGAGAGUUACCUCAUGUCUCGGAAAUAUGGGUUUGCUUUACUCCUCACAUUGGAGUUAGUUUGCUCUGAAGAUGUUUGUACACCUUUGUGGCAACACCAAAGCUUUGGUGGUACUGGAAAAUUACUGGACACCAGAGAAAAGUGCGUAGGAAAGUUUUUUCCAAAAAAAAUUCGGCCCAGCUAAAGGACAGAUACCUAAAACUUGUCAUCUAGUUCUUGUCAUCUAAAACCAGGCAUGACUUACUUAUUUUAAGGAAUAGAAAAAACAUUGUACUAUGGGUCCAUAUGCACACUUAUGGUGAUGGAUUUAUAUUUACUUCAUCAGAUUUUUCCCUCCCAGAAAUAUAAACAAAAUCCAACAAGGUGAGAUGAAGUUGCCUGGAAGCAUUUCUUAUGCUCAACAAUAAUCAUUGUGAGCACAGUAGAAUAUUACUAUUGUUUAUUAAAUUUGUAUACUGCCCUUUAUCCAAAGAUCACAGGAUUGUUCACAACAUAAAAAUACCAAAUGAAAACACAAAAUAGAUAAGAAAACAUAAGCAAACCAGUAAAACACCCCCCCACACACAAACACAUUUAAAAAGCUAUAGAAUGUUAAACAGCCAAAGGCCUGGUAAUGGAGAAGAGUUUUCACCUGGUGCCUGAAGAUAUGUAAUGAAGACUGCAGGAGAGCCUUACUGGGGAGAGCAUUCCACAAGUGGGGAGCCACCACAGAGAAGGCCUGUUUGUGUGUUGCUGACUUCUGGGCCUCUUGUGAAGGAGGCACAAAAAGAAGGCCCUCGGUGUUGAUCGCAGGGUCAGGUUUGGUUCAUAUGGGGAGAGGCGGUCCUUGAGGUGAUGUUGCAAGAUGCGUUGAUAUCUGUUUCUGAAUUCUUGUUUGCGUUUGAAAAUGGUUAACAAAAUAGCCAAUGUAUUGUAAGAGGGCUAAUUUGGAAUGGGCUCUAGCAGUAGAGCAUCUGCAUUGCAUGCAAAAUAUCGUGGUUUAAUUCACAGCAGCUCCAGGUAGGUUUUGGGGGACCCUUGUCUAAAACUCUGGGUGCUGGUGCCAGUCGGUACAGAGCUAUAUGAACUCAGCCGCCUGAGUUAUAUGAAAGCAGCCACCUGUGUUCUCAGCCUUUUAGUUCUCUUAUCAGUUUGUUGCUUUUUCUUCCUUUUUAAAAAAAUCAUCCUUUUGGUGCAGCCAAGAAUGGUUGCGCUAGUCUGAAUAGUUCAUUAGCAGUAACCCUCUUUUUUUGUCCCUCCUCUUCCCAUGUUUACUGAAAAUGUGAUGCCAAUUUAACGUUCUCCCGCUGUGCAGGAGUUUGGGGCAUUUUUUAAUUGCAGCAAGAGCAGGUGUGGUCAGUCCUAGGUUCAGAGGCUCUGUUUUAAGUUUUGUUUUACUUGUGAUCAGUCAAAUUAACCGCACUGUUCUAGCUGUGGGAACAAGAAGCAAGCAUUAUCUCUAGUGUGAUAUUAAUCUUCCUGCCUGGUAUUUUGAUAUACAAGUCUAAACCACACUCUCUUUCUGUAUUAACAGUGCCGCUUACUACUGCUUCCUGAGCACUGGUUUUUUUUUUUAUUAUAUAAAAAAGUGAUGUCUGGAGCUUGUCUUCUAAGUUCAAGGGGGAGAGCUGCUAAUAUUUGGGUUGAAGAAUUUGUAAGAAAAUGAAAUCACCUUGGGAAGCAUGGAGACAACAUGGAGUGUUUUAUUUUCUUCUGAGUCAAUAAUGACUCAAAUGUUCUAGCCCUGUGCUGCAGUCUUGGUGUGCUAAUACUGAGCCAUCUGGCUCGUAACAAGCUUCAAAACUAAGAUAUUAAACACUUCCAGAUUUGUUAGUUCUCUUUUGAGAAUAGUCAUUAGUAGGACUGAUUUUCCUAACACUUUUGAAUUUUGCAUACCUCAUGAGAUGGCUUGUGUUUUGGGCUAUCUUCUUGUUUACAGUCUAGUGUUUGAAAAGAAAGAAGAUAAGAUUUGCAAGAGUUCAGAUGUAGACUGGAUUGACUUGCCAGAGUUCAGAAGUUCAGCAUUGGAAAAGGGAGUUAUUGUUUUGUUCUUUCUGUUUAACUAUUUGUGUUUUUAUAUUCUGAACAGCCCUGAGAGCUUCUGAUGAAGGGUGGAAUGUCAGUCUAAUAAAUAAAAUAAAUAUAUAAAAAUAAGUGUUUCCUGACUAUCUGGUUAGUUUAUCUAAGGGCACGACAACAUUUUAUGAUAGAGCUUCCACUGGGUACCUGUAAAUCAAUUUGCCAGCAGUAAUUGGAGUGGACUCUAUGGCUGUUCCAAUGUUAAGUCAAACCUAAACUGUCAGUGUGAGUUCACAGGUAGCUGCUGCCUUAUACUGAGUCAGAUCACAAGUUGAUCUAGCUCAAAAUUGUACUACUGUGAGGCAGGAGCUGUUUCCAACCAGGAGAGGCCAAGGAUUGAACCAAAGACCUUACGCAUGCAGAGCAGAUCUCUACCACUGAAUUGUUUGCUUGUGUUGCAUUCACUAAAUAUUAGUCUAGCAUUCCGAAAACAUGCACGGAUUCUGUCAGAAAGCUAAGACUCUAAUGCUUCAGAUUCAUUAUCAUCAUGACAUGACAAUUCUCUCACUGACAGAUGUUGCUGAGAUUACUUAUUUUCAUAUAUCAGGUUGUGGUCUACGGGGCAUAUGCCGACAGUUACCCUCAAGUUUCUUGCUGGCAUCAAAUUGCAAAACUCUUUUACGAAUGCGGCAUUAACAGAGGGCUGUGCACACACCAGGGCAAUAAUAUGUAUGUGGAUUGCUGUUCCACUGUGUGCAGUUGUGCAACUUUGUUCACACACAAGUGCUUUCAAUUUUAUGCCUCUGAAAUCGGUCUUGAUGUUUCCUGACCACACUAGUGGGUGGUCCUUCAUGGAAUUUAUUUGUUCUGUAUGCUGUUGUCCUCUCCCAUCAAGUAGUAUUUUCCUGUCAUCCAUAAGUUCCGGAAACCUGUCCAGCUGUGGGCAUGCACACACGUAUUUGCUUGUCCUUGCAACAGCAUCUUUUACAUUUCUUUAAUUUUUAUUUUUGAAGAACAAUUUUUCUAGUACAGUGGUACCUCAGUUUAUGAACUUAAUCCGUUCCGGAAGUCCGUUCUUAAACUGAGACGCGCUUUCCCUAAUGAGGCCUCCCAGCGCCAGUGCCCUUCCACCAUUCAGAUUCCGUUCUUAGACCAAGGUAAAGUUCGCAGACCGGGACACUACUUCCAGUUUUGUGGAGUUCAUAAACCAAAUCGUUCAUAAACAGGACUGUUCUUAAACCGAGGUACCGCUUUUAUACCAGAUUUGCACAAAACAGCAGUCAAAAAUAAUGAUAAUAAAUACACUUCCAUCUCUCCAUGUGCCAUGGACCUCUUGGCUCCAUCAGAAUCUGGAAUGCUUUGGCAGACUCAGAUGGACCAGUAGGAAGGCAGAGAAGAUGGUGUGGUGGUGGAAGAUUGAGACCCAGGGUUGGAGAAGAGAGGUCCUUCCCAUGUGAUUCUAGAUGUCAGAGGGCUGGAUGACAGGGGUGGAGAUGCUCCUUCAGGUAUACAAAACAAUACCCUAAUAUUGACCGGGGGGUGGUGGAAUCUGAGCAAGGAGGAGUGCCUGUGUGUAUUCUAGGAGCAUUACUGAGCAAUGAAUUACUGCAGCCAACCUAGAAGCUUUUCACUUUGUUGAUGUUAUGAAUUCCCUUCUGUGUAGAACCAUACCCAUUUAAUUUAUAUGACAGUACAGUGAAAUACAGACAGACGUCUUUGUAUAGCUGCUAGGAUGGGAAAUGCAAACCAAAUAUACAAUACUUUAUUUAGCAUCGUUCAGCUGAAGUACACAAGUGAUAAUUGUUUGCAAGAGUGUAAUACUCAAAUUGCCUUUCAGUAUUAUUUUGUAUUGAAUUACAGUGGUACCUCAAGUUACAUACGCUUCAGGUUACAUAUGCUUCAGGUUACAGGCUCCGCUAACCCAGAAAUAGUGCUUUGGGUUAAGAACAGAAAUCGUGCUCCGGCAGCGCGGCAGCAGCAGGAGGCCCCAUUAGCUAAAGUGGUGUUUCAGGUUAAGAACAGUUUCAGGUUAAGAACGGACCUCCAGAACGAAUUAAGUACUUAAGCCGAGGUACCACUGUAUUAGGAAUUUUGAUUACAGAUCACUCACUCCCCCCACCCUGGUGAAUAGGAACUUCUUUUCCCCCCAGUUUUUCCAAUUUUAUUUCUACUUUUCAAGUUUAUACAUUUCACUAGUUUUAUACAUUUCACUAAUUUUACAAUCAUUUUAACAUUUAAAAACUUGACUUCCUUCCUCCUCUUUCUGCAGUUCCUUAAAUUUAUUUUUAAUAUCCUCUGCAUAUCCAAAUUAACUUAAUUUGCUCAUUUAUUCAUCUACUUUAAAUAUAUACUCUUAUAAAACUGCAGGUUAUUAUAAUAAUCAUGCCAAUGAUCUUAUCUGUUUACAAUUUAUCUGUAAAUAUUCUAUAAACCAUUUCCAUUCUUUUAUAAAAAGUUUAUUCUUUUAUAAAAAGUUUUAUGAAAAGUUUAUAAAAGAAGGCAGAGGGCCUUCACAGUAGUGGCGCCCAUCCUGUGGAAUGCCCUCCCACUAGAUGUCAAAGAAAAAACAACUGCCAAAGUUUUAGAAGACAUCUGAAGGCAGCCCUGUUUUGGGAAGCUUUUAAUAUCUGAAGAACUAUUGUAUUUUAAUAUUUUGUUGGAAGCUGCCCAGAGUGGCUGGGGAAACCCAGCCAGAUGGGCGGGGUAUAAAUAAUAAAUUAUUGUUGUUAUUGUUAUGGUUUUAUUAUUAUCUUGAUUUCUUAUUCUUCUGGUGAAUAGGAACUUCCAUGACUGUGAAUAACAGAAAGUUUCUCUAGGUUCUAAAAUAAAGCUAGACAUUUGACCGAGAGUGACUGCCUGCAUUUGCUAUUAUCUUGUGCUUUAUAUUUGCUGAGGACCUUCAAGCUAAACCAACUUAUUCCCGAGACAGAAUUGUGUUUAAUAAUCAGAUUCCACGUACCUGUCCUUUUUAACCUCUUAAAAGUACUGGGGAACGAAUACCUAAGAGUCACCCCUUGUAAAAUACUUUAUCUUUUCUUUGAAAGAAAGAGGACCUCUUAUUGCCUGGUAACCUUAUGAGGGGGAACUGAAUGCCACUUUCUCCCCCCCCCAUCACUGAUUAUGUCAGAUGUACCCCAUUCCAAAGGGCCCUGUACCCCAGAGCUGCUUCAAAACUGUCAGCGAUGGUGGGCACACUCUUUUUUUUAGAAGACAAGCUAAAUAUAGAUGUAACUAGCAUACCACAGCACAGUGAACAUCGGUCUUAAAUUUGUAUAUGGGAAGCUGAAUUUGGGCUUUUAAAAUUAUAAAUUGAUGAAGUACAGUGGUACCUCUGGUUGCAAAUGGGAUCCAUUCCGGAGGCCCGUUCGCAACAUGAAAAGCCGGCAACGUGAAGCGCUGUAUCUGCGCAGGUGUGCGGUUUGGUGCUUCUGCGCAUGCGCUAUUUAGCACUUCUGUGCAUGUGCAAGUGGCGAAACCCGAAAGUAACCCUUUCCGGUGCUUCUGGGUUGCUGCGGGACGCAACCUGAAAAAACGUAACAUGAAGCAAACGUAAUAUGAGGUAUGACUGUAUAGUUAUGGUGUAAUAUAUUAACAUUGAAGAAACUUAUGUACAGUGGUGCCUCGCAAGACGAAAUUAAUCCGUUCCGCGAGUGUCUUCGUCUAGCGGUUUUUUCGUCUUGCGAAGCAACCCUAUUAGCGGCUUAACAGAUUAGCGCUAUUAGCGGUUUAGCGGCUAUUAAAGGCUUAGCGGCUUAGCGAAUUAGCUGCUAAAAGGCUAUUAAAGGCUUAGCGGCUUAGAUAAAGGGGGGGGGAAGCGGGAAAAAAAUCUCAAGACUCGCAAGACAUUUUCGUCUUGUGAAGCAAGCCCAUAGGGAAAUUCGUCCUGUGAAGCAACUCAAAAACGGAAAACCCUUUCGUCUAGCGGGUUUUCCGUCUUGCGAGGCAUUCGUCUUGCGGGGCACCACUGUAUUUCUUUUUUUUGGGGGGGGGAGUAAAUUCUCUUUGAACCUGUGAAGGAGACAUGAGCAAAUGGAGUGUGUGGUUUGUUCAUAGGAAACCUCAUGUAGAUUAAGGCAGGUCAUGUCCACAUGAACAUUUGCCUCAGGUUCACAGCCCUUUGACACAUCUCAAAUGUUGUUGCUACAAAGGGCACAACCAGGAAAGCCAGGAAUAUGAGAUGCACCAAAGGUAGCAGCUGGGGUCGGUGUGUCCGCACAGCCAAAUAACACCUAAAAGCAAUAGGUGACUAAGCCUAUUGCUCUUUAAAAUAAGGGGGGAAACCAUGGGGAGGCAAGCUAAAAACACCUCUGUAUUAGUGGUCAAGCAAGAUCAGCUGAGGGGAGUAAACAAGGUGACUAUUUUUUUAUUAACAAAAUAAGUCAGCUGUUUGAGAUCAUGUUGUGAACUGCCUUGCCUACAAAGUUUCCUUUACUUUCUGCAGCAACUCUUUCAUGCAGUCCAAACACCUUUGGUAAGAAGCCUGUAAUUAUCUGCAGUUGCUUAGGUUUCUAGAUCAAAUAAAGGUGACCUUACUUUGUGUGUGUGUGUGUGUGUGUGUGUGUGUGUGUGUAUGUAGAGUCCAUAGCCAGAAAAUAUAAAGUGUCUCCUCUUUUUAAUGGAGAGUCAAUUAAACUGACCUAGAGCCAGAUUACUGACGUGAAUACUUUAGGCUAGGGGCUGUCACUUGAAGAGACUUACUGUCUAUAUAUAACAAAUUAGGAAACAUAAGCAUAUUUAUUGUACAAAAGCAGACCUUUGGUCAGGGCUCAUUUGUGCAUGUAGGUUUCCUCAUAUGUGGAUCACUGCCUUUGGUUAUAUUUAUGUAAUACCCUGCCUUUUCAAGUAUUUCGGCCUGUUUCACAUGUAAUGGUAAGCCUAACCAUGGCUUAGUAUGAAUUAGCAAACAUGCAGGCUCUUGGAGAGGAGAACAUGACAGCUUUUCUCCUCCCCAGUCGUUCUGCUGUUGCACAUAGCUAAACUAUGGGUUGCUUUAAUCCAGGCUUCCUCAACCUCGGCCCUCCAGACUUUUUUGGCCUACAACUCCCAUGAUCCCUAGCUAGCAGGACCAGUGGUCAGGGAUGAUGGGAAUUGUAGUCUCAAAACAUCUGGGGGGCCGAGGUUGAGGAAGUCUGCCUUAAUCCACUUCUGGCUUUGUGGUUUAGCUCUCUCCAGACCAAACCAUGAGCUGCAAGUCAGGUUUGUGAAAUAACUGCGGAUCGGUUGCCUUUAAAUAUAGAGAGGAGAUGCAGCCAGAUCUGGGUGGACCAUGUUACUAAUGUUGCUAAUUUACCCCAUAACUUUAGUCCAGAAAGCUGUCCAAGGGCAGGUCCACCAUAGGUACCAAUAAGUCCCUAUGGCUCUACAGUGCCACCAGUAGGAUGUAUUCCUUGAGUUUUGAAUAUGUAUCAUUCACUCAGGUGAAAAUUCAUGAACAAUUUUCGUGGAGUUUGCUUUUAGACUAAAUAGAAUGGUUUCAUGGACCAGAGUUUAUCAAUGGGAAGCGACCCUGAAGUUAAAUGUUCAUUUGGGUGGGGAGGAAUGAAGCUUACUAGAAACCGUGUUUUUUUUUUGUGCUAGGGCAGGUCCCAAAUCAUGUACACAUUUAUACAAAUAUGUAAUUCAUUAUCCUCUUUUCAGCAGAAAUGUUACUCUUGGAUCCAAGUAAGCACAAACUUAUUUCACAGUCCAGAAUCUUCCUCUUCUGUCCUCCCCCUCAGUUUUUAUUGGCACAACAUUUUGUUGCAAAAUUUUAUAUUGUUGAAAAUUACAAAGUAGUUUUCAAAUUAUGCUAUUGGGUGCAAACUCUCUGGAACAUUCCCUAGAGGGGAUAGGAUUGUGGAAUGAAACAUCUGCAUGUUUUAAAGCUGUGGAGAAAAAUAACUAUCCCCUCUUUCUCCAUCCACACCCAUUUCUUUAGAAAACAAAUUUGGAUAGAUUUAAGCCAUAGCCCUCAAAACAAAACUUUCCAUAUUUAAGAUAAAAUAUUUCAAACAGCUUUCUUCUUGCAUUUUCAAGAAAAGCUAUUGAUUUUUAAAAUUUAUUUUAAUAUUGCCAUUUGUGGGCUAUUAUUUUAAAAUGAAAAAUUUCCCCAUCUUCCCAAAGUUCUUGUUUUUAGCCUGUAAACUUCUGAGUAGGGAAGAAAUACUCUCUGCCUUGACAGGCAAAAGAGUUUGGUCUGAAGUUAUAAGAUCAAGUGCAGGUCAAGUUUUCUGCCACACAAGCAAAAGUUUAAAGAGAAGGCAAAGUGAUUGAAUUUCCCACUGAUGAGAACAAAUGAUAUGUUAAUUCUGAGACAAAAGGAAUGUGGUGUACUUUGCUGCUGUAUAUGUGAAUUGACCUUCCUUUCCACAGCUGUUCAUCUUGCCUCCCUUUGAAGCUAAGAAACUGCAUUUCUAAGCCUAGUAUCCAAAGGAAAACUGUUUGUUUUCUGAAAAUUGCAAAUGCAAUUUCUACUAAGUUUUACUUCGCCAAAUUAGAUUUUAAAGGCAUGUCUUUACAGUAUGGCAUUCUAACCAAUCAAUUAGAUGUUUUUUUAAAAAAAUCCUUCCCUUGUAACUGUACACACAGUGUCUCAGUUGUAACCUUCAUCUGUUGAGAAAGACCUAUAAUGGGACUGAGCCAUUGUGCCAGAAAAAUAAUCUGGAAUUUCAGUUUUCUUUAUUUAAUGCUCUGGCACUUAAUUUAAACUUUCUGUAUUUAACCUACAGUGGUACCUCAGGUUAAGUACUUAAUUCGUUCCGGAGGUCCGUACUUAACCUGAAACUGUUCUUAACCUGAAGCACCACUUUAGCUAAUGGGGCCUCCUGCUGCUGCCGCACCUCUGGAGCACGAUUUCUGUUCUCACCCUGAAGCAAAGUUCUUAACCCAAGGUAAUAUUUCUGGGUUAGCGGAGUCUGUAACCUGAAGCGUAUGUAACCCGAGGUACCACUGUAUUUGCCAUUGAAAAACUUAAACUUGUAUGGUUAAAUAAAAUAAUACAGUUUCACAAUAUAAUGAGUCAUUCAACAAUCCAAAUUGUUACAUCCAAACUAGAUGAUCACUUAAUCUACUAAUUCGGAAGAUGCUAAAUGAAUUGGGCUGAACCAAAGUAAAGAAGCCAGUUCAAAAGGUAUUUCAAGUAAGUGUCAUAAGACACACAAUAUACAAUUACAGGAGAACAUUUUAUGUGGCUAUUAUAAACUAGUCAAGUUGCUGAAAAUACAGGCAGUAACUGUGCAAUCCGGGCAUGUCUACUCAGAAGUUAGUCCCAUAGAGUUCACUGGGCCUUCCUCCCAGGUAACCUCAUGGUGGCCUCAUGAGCCUUCAGGCAAUUAAAUACAUUAUAGCAGUUUUGGAAUGCCACAUAUUUGUUAUUGCAAAUUGGUUUUUGUUUCCCUCUUGGUGUGGUGCUUAACGUUGAAUGGUGGUCUGUGAGGAGUCACAAUUUGAAAUAACAGGUUGGGUGCCUUCAUGUAUUCUUCUCCCAUUAGAAUUCCAUCACAGAUUUGUUCCAAGGGACUGAAGAGAAGUUUAAAUGCAACUGUCCUGGUUAUGAUGGUUUCUGUCCAUGUCUUCUGGUUGCAGAUGGUUGACCUGCUCUGAUCACAGAAUUGUCGAGUUGGAAGGGACCCUGAGGAUCAUCUAGUUCAGGAAUGCAGGAAUAGGUAGCUGUCCCAUAUGGCGAUUGAACCUGCAACCUUGGCUUUAGCAGCACCAUGCUAUAACCAACAGAGCUAUCCAGACAGAAAGAAUGGAUAGGUGAAGCAAGAGUCUAAGAGAACAGUGAAACAGGGCCAAGGGCCCGAGAAGGAAACAUGCCAAGGGAAGUGAGUUGGGAUACAAAGCAAGUGUUGACAUUUAAGAGAGGGAGAAAUUCAGGGGAGUAAGAGGGAGAAAAAGCUGGAGGGAGUGGGGAGAAAAUGGGCAGAGGAGAGAGUUGUAGAAUCAUAUGGUGAUUUGAAACAAUCAGCCAGAUAUUUGGCUACAGGACCUUAGUCUACUCUAAUUUCCCCUGUUGCAUAACAAGAAUUAACAAUAACUAGCCCAGAAGAAUGUAAGGCCAGGGCAUAGUAUGCUCCAGCAGAACUUUUGUGCAGCUUUUCAAAGCAAAGCACCCUCACUCAGCACUUUUCACCACUUGUUCUCUCAUUACGUAUUAAAUUUUUCCUGGCAAAUUCUUGGUAACUUCGCAGGUCAAGGACUUGGCAUUCAGCUCUGAUCGCUUUCCAAAGUGUGUUUGAAAUCUUAACCCCAUAAACAAUAACAAGAAUAUAUGUUUUGUAGACUCUUUUUACCGGGAAACUUUUAAGAUGCAAGCUUCAAAUAGUUAUUGUCUUGUUGCGGGAGCCAGACUUUCUAGUAUAUCUCAUCUUUGUUGUUGCUGUUGUUGUUUAGUCGUUUAGUCGUGUCCGACUCUUCAUGACCCCAUGGACUAGAGCACGCCAGGCACUUCUGUCUUCCACAUAUGUAUAUAUAUCUCAUCUUUAUCUGCGAGCUAAUACAGAAAUGUGGGCUUGGGUGCCUUCUGAUUAACCAAAAGAUGGAAGAAUGACUGUGGGCUGGAAAACCUGAAUGAGCCUUCAUAGCGUCUGCUGUGACGUCACAAACCACAUUCUGCUGUUAUAGUUACCGAAAGGUAUUGGAAUCCUGCGUAUGGAGCUGGGUUAAAUAUUGUGAGAGUCACAGCUGAGGUGGGGGGGAAAUCACAGGAAUAGUGGCAUCAGUACAUUCGCUGCAGAGGUUUAAUGCAGAAAGGCAUUUUGGCUUUUAAGGGUAGAAAUUAAGACUAAUAAAGGGGAAAAAGGGCCGAGUAAGUUUGUAAGCUGUUGAAACAUACUCCUGAAAAAGUGGUAAGAUGCAUUUUCCCAUCCACUCUGCUUUUAAAAACACUCAUUUUUUUUGCUCUUGUUUGUGGAGACAUGGGAUAGCUGCUUAGAUAAACUUGCUCUAAAAUAUCUGAGACUGCAUUAUGGCCUCUGUCCCUUCAGUCAAGACAACUGCUGCCAUACUUUCAUUUUACUGACAACUUUGGAAGGGGGGCUGUAGUGGUUCAAGGGGUUGCUCGUGCGUAAGCCGGUGCAAACACCUGGCUGGGUUGCCUGAGUGAACCUUUUCUGUCCGGACAGCCACUCACCCGUGGCUGUCUCAAUCGCUGGCAGAAUCCGUCAGUGGGCGUUUCUUAAACUUCUUCCAGCAAAGAAGCUCUUUGACGCCUAGUCUCCUCCUACUCUCUCUGCGCGAAAGCCUUCUGCGCAAGGAGGGCGUAGGCAGCGGAGGACCUCUACUCUCCCCGCUGGUCCCCGGCAAGGAGUCAUGGGACCGCCUCGUCGCUUCCUCCAUCUGCCCCCCUUCUCCACUGGUGCUACGCUGAUUCUCUUCCCCAGAAGAUGGGCUGCCUCUCCCAAUCCUGGGACACUCUCUGGAAUCCCUCUGGAUCUUGCUCUCUCCCUCCGGCACUGAUGGCAGUUCCCUGACAGGGGCAAUUUAUAAAUAUUUACAAAUAGGUUUAUUAUAUUUUACAAAUAUUCUUAUGCUGGGUUUAACCAAGGUUGUGUGUGAGAGAGCUUUGAUUUUUAUAUCUUUUGUAAGCUUGUUGUGCACGCUAACCGGCUAGCAUCUUGACCCAUGCAGUAAGAUUUGUAAGCAGCUUACCAUGUGGCAUUUGGCUAUCAGAAUCCACUCCAUUUUUUUGUUCCUUUAAUUUUGUAAGAAUAAUUCUUGGUACUUCCAGGCCACUAUACAAUAUAUUGAUUAACUAGCUUCCCUACAGUUGAAUUUGACUGGACUUAACCAUCCAGGUGUCCUUUAGCUAACUAGUUUCUGUCCUCAUUCUGCCUCCCUCUUCCCCACCUCCCAGUUAGUAAGCUGUUUCUGAAAUGGAUAUUAUUGGAAUACUUUUGUAGCAUCAUAACACCAGCACCUAAGCAGCAAUUGAAAUAAUGGUAAAGGUAAAGGACCCCUGGAUGGUUGAGUCCAGUCAAACUUGACUAUGGGGUGCAACGCUCAUCUUGCUUCAGGCCGAGGGAGCUGGCAUUUGUUUGCAGAAGAGUAGUUAUUAUUCUAUACAAAAUGUUUCUGGGAAUCAACCCGCGCUAAGGGUGCUGCUGUGUGUUAACACUGACACUGCCUCCUGCAACAAACACAUGGCAUAAUAUAUGAAUGUUCGGGUCUUUAAGCAUCCAUGUUCACACUUCAUGGAAUACUGAAUGGGCCAGUGUUCCUUCAAACUUGAAUAAAGUUGUACGAUGUGCACAUUUCACAUGUUUGCUGUUGGAAACACUGGUAUAAUUUCAGUGUCUCAGAGCAAUCAUUAUGUGUACCGCUAUCCGGAAGACAGAUAUAGACAGCAGUAAUUUGGGGAAAUUAAUUGGACUCUUUGGAUACAUCUGAUGGCUGGAUUCCAGGCCUGGUUUGUAGGCCAAUUUAGCCCACACGGGUUUCUUGUUGGUCCAUCUGGCCUAUAGGACAGUGUAUAUAUAGUACAGUACACAAUCUGUGUGCCCUGAUUUCUUAGGAUUAGUGCAGGGGUCUCUCCUGGGGAAAGACAUCUUUCUUGAUCCAUUUCCAACCCCCUACUGCUUCUCACAAUGUGUGUUCCAGUUACACAGUAUAGCACAUAGCUGGCAGCAUGGGGAACUGUUGCUUGGAUGUCUGUUCUUAUUAGGGAUGGGCAAAUGUGUCGGUUUCGGUUUCUCACCAUUUGUCAUUUUUCGAAACUUAAGUUCAGUUCUCCACUUUAUUUAUUUAUUUAUAAGAGGUGCUCGUGAUCAUUUGUCUGCAAAAUUUGCCUAACAUGCACAUUUUAAAUGUAAUUUUACCCAAUAUGCACGUUUUUGCAAGCACUUUUCAUUAAAAUGCAUUUUUGUAAGUUGUUUUCUCUAAUAAUGUGCAUUUUGUGAAUGAUUUACCCUAGCAGAUGCAUUUUUGAACAUAUUACUCCGGUGGUGAGCUGAGUUGCAAAAUUCAGAGAAGGACGGUUUUGUUUUGGUUUGCAUAUUGCCUUUGAACGUGAACCUCUUUGAAUUUCUCCCUACCUUUUAGUGACACAACUGAGAACCUCUCAUUUCCUACUAGGACAUCUGGUGUCCAUUGUCAAUUAAGAGGUUUAGCUUUUAAAAUUUGUGCAGAUGUAGGUUUUAUUACGGCAACUGCAGUUUGUGCUCAGUCACUAGAAGUACCUGAAACCUCUGCCACAGUCCUUUAGCCCAUCAGUUUUCCCAACAAGAGGCAAAGCAAAAGUAUCAUGUGUUGCUGUUUGAACAGAAGUGACAUGAUGCUGAGAAUAAGUAAGUCUGGGUGUGGUUGGUGCUUGGGUGGGAGGCUUCCUAAGAAGUUGACUUAUACUGAGUCUAGAACAACAAUAAACUAGGCAGACCAGUUUGCCUCGGGAAUGAGAAUCCUAUGCAAACUUCCCCGUGCUCUUGGACUCCAGCUCCCAUCAGCCCCAGACAUCAUGGCCAGUAAUUAGGGAUGAUGGGAACUGUAGUCUAGGAACAUCAUUGAGUUAGCUGACAUGGGCUGGGGCAGGGCAGGGUUAUAAAGAGGUUGGAGCUGCAAAGAUGCACCAACAGAGCCAAGCCAAUGCUCCUGCUGGUGAAUUUGCACAGCCCUGACCUGACUGCCACCCCGCCACAGCCCAGCCCUGUCCGGGUAAGCUGCAGUGACAGUGCUGCCAAGAGCGAAGCCAAUCCCCAUAACGCUGACUGCCACUGCCGGUUCCUCAUUCCUGGCAGCAAAUAGCCAGGUUUUCAAACAAGAAUCUUUCCCAGUCCCUUUCUUCAACCUUUAGAAUGGACAAAAAUCUCAAUAUUCUGGCAGGUAUAUUAAUUUGGGAAGUUUGAAGUAAAGCUGAUUGUUUUCUUCUUUUCAUUUUAUUAUAUUGUGGAUUUUUCUUAAAAGAAAUGAAUUUAUCUUAAAGGUUUCUUUCCCUGUAUUGUGUGCAUUCUUUUGUGUGUGCGAGUUUUACAUUUGGUUAUACAUCUGUCUUUGAGUUUAGUCUCAAUCUUUUAAAGGAAACUGUUUUAAGCAAUUUACCAGUUCUGAACAGAUAGAAUUGACUUGCCACUUCGAAGAGAGGAAGCCUAUAGUGGAAAGUCAAGCGGAAGACCUAUAUAUAGCCAUUGGUUGUAACGGUGUUGGUUUGGUGGUUGUGAUUGCUUCUCUAAACAAUUUCCUGGCUAGUUGAUUGUGGCAUUUGGAACCUUUAGCACACAGAUGACACAGUGCUGCUGCUGAUCAGUAUCUGAGUGAUUAAUGCUUAUUCAUUUUAUUUUUUUCUGGAUGCUCCCAAAUGAAUUAUCUGUGAAAGAUAAUUGGCCAUCAUGGUAAAAUGGAACUCCAGUAGCCUUCAUUUGCACAUAAUACUAAACCAUAGUUUAGCACUACAUGGGUGAGAUUCCAUGAGGCUUGAGUGAAGUGUCAGGUUCACACAUUCCCCCUACAUAGGAACAUAGGUAGCUGCCAUGUACCAAGUCAGAACCGUUGGCCCAUCAAAUUUAGAAUUGUCUACACUGAGUGGCAGCAGAUCUUUAUGGUUUCCAGUGGGACAUUCCCAGCCCUACCAGGAGAAGACUUACACUGAGUUUAGUUUUGCUUUCAAAGAAUCUUGGCUUAGUGUUAGGGAUUGCAGUUUACAACGUGGGUUAUGAAUUUGGCCUGUUUAACCAUUGUUUGUUGUACUCAGGAUUGCUUACUGCUGUGGGUCUAACAAUAUAAUUUAUAAUGGAUAAAGGUAAAGGUAAAGGGACCCCUGACCAUUAGGUCCAGUCGUGACCGACUCUGGAGUUGCGGUGUUCAUCUUUCUUUAUUGGCUGAGGGAGCCAGUGUACAGCUUCCGGGUCAUGUGGCCAGCAUGACUAAGCUGCUUCUGGCGAACCAGAGCAGCGCAUGGAAACACCGUUGAAGUGGUACCUAUUUAUCUACUUGCACUUUGACAUGCUUUCGAACUGCUAGGUUGGCAGGAGCAGGGACCAAGCAAUGGGAGCUCACCCCGUCGCGGGGAUUCGAACCGCUGACCUUCUGAUCGGCAAGUCCUAGGCUCUGUGGUUUAACCUACAGUGCCACCCGCGUCCCUUAUAAUGGAUAGUUACAGGAAAAUAACUAUUGGUCAUGCCAUGAUAAAAAGAUGGAUUCCCGGAGGCUGUAGUGGGGGAAAGAAGAGGAGGCCAGAACCUCAGAACGGAUGAAACAAACUCUGAUUCUUAGGCUAGGAUGCUUCUCUCUCUCUCUCUCUCUCUCUCUCUCUCUCUCUCUCUCUCGUAUGCAGGGAUUAGUGUUUUUUAUUGAAGCAUUCUUUCUUCUCCCACCAACUCCCACCUCCAGUAUCCUGAAGUGAUGCAGUCCCAACCAGGAGGGCCAGACUGCGUACUUCUAUAAAAAAGAGAUUUGUCUGCCGCAAAGUGUCCAAUGAAUAUUCCAAGGGGCUGCAGGGAUGUGCCUGAUUUUUCAGACAUAUUGUAUCCUGAGGGUCUUGGUGGUUCAUUUCAGUUUCAUUGAAAUUGGCAGAACUUAGCGCAUGCUCUUAAAAAGUUGCCUAGAAAUUUACUAAUGCAAUCACGGUCUCUUUAUUACUUCCAGGGCUAAAUCGGGAUUGCAGCUGUCAGGACAAAAUAUCUUAUGA